GGGAGAUUCUUAUUGUCCAUGCUUCCAUUCAAUCACCGACUAUCCAGCACUUCACGACAUCAUCUCAACAUGCGCAAAUAACCUACUGACAGUCGCCUUGAUUCGUGACCUGCGAUGCGCCCGCGGAUGCCUGUGAACACACCCCGGUGACCUAACGCCAUCUCCACCACACCUAUCUGACCACUCCCACGCAAUAAUCAACCAUGUCUCGCGGAGGCCGAGGUGGUGGCCGCUUCUAUGGCGGCCGCCCACGCGCCGGGCCCACGAUGCCCUUCGAAGUCGACCCAGAACUACUCGAAGCCGUCGACCAAGCCGAAGACGAAGAACGCUCGAGCGACGAGGACCGCGCGAAAGAUCUCUUCCCGGUUCGCACGCACUGUCCCCUUUCCCACUCACGAACGCCCUACAAUCUCUAACAGCCGGCAGGACGUGCUUAGCCCCAUUCCCUCCGCCCCCAUCACUGCCCGCGAACACCGCGCUGUAGUGCUGCAAAGGGAAAUCCAAGCCAGACGCCACGCCGGCCCUUUCUGGACGGGUACGAUGGAGCAGUGGGCGGAAAUCGACACGCACUCCGGCGGCCAGGUGAAUGCGUUUGACGGCGGAGUCGUGGCGACGUAUGGGCGGAAACGCGUCCGCAAACCCUUUACUUUGCCUAGUUUGAAAAAGGUCAAGGUUUGCUGUGAGUUACUACGCACCCAGUCCUUUCCGCUGGUGUUCUUUAGCUCUGACUGCGAGAGCUAGAUGCCGAUUUAUUACCCAAGGAGUUGAAGGAUGUCGCCACGGACAACAGCCCAGACGGAGCCAACGCUUUGAAGAAGAAGAGACUCGCGCGAAAGUCCGCUGCAGAUAGAUUGGC